AUGGCGUCUCAGGCUUUAGCCUCGUUAACGGCUACGUAUACCGAUUCCGAGGGAGAAGAAGAUAUGGAAGAUCAAACCCCGGAAAAAGAAGAACUGAAAGAAACUCAUUCGGAACCCGCAAGUCCAAAAAAAAUGGAAGAAAUUAAUAAGCCGGCCUCUGCCCCUGUUACUCCUAAACGAAGGUUAGUUUCUUACGUUGAUGAUACUGUUGUAUCCGACGAAGAACCAAUAUCACCUGGUCCGGAGAACCAAGAUGAUAUGCGGCGUCUGUCAAUGGAAACCGAUACAGACGAGGCGGUGCCGCGCUCUGAGCCUGAUGAAUGUGAAGACGGUGUGACCAUUCCACCCGAACCGCCCGGGAAAUGUCCCAAAGAGCUCCAAGACACGAUAGCGAAGUAUUAUAGUCGAAUGUUAAGUGAAGGAUAUGAUAUGAACAAAAUUAUACAAGAUAAGAAAAACUUCAGGAACCCAAGUAUUUAUGAAAAAUUAAUACAGUUUUGUGAUAUCAAUGAACUGGAUACAAACUAUCCUCCUGAAAUUUAUGAUCCUCUGAAGUGGGGCAAAGAAUCAUAUUAUGAUGAAUUAUCUCGAGUACAAAAACUAGAAAUGGAUAGAAGGGAGAAGGAGAAAAAAGAAAAACUAGCUAAAAUUGAUUUUAUUUCUGGUGUAGCUAAGAAAUCUGAAAGCGAUGAUGAAAAAAAAAGGAAAUCCAAGUGGGAUCAAGCAGCUCCUAAUGUCUCUAACAAGCCAACUAUCAAGCAACCUGGUUUGGUACAACAACCACUUACUAGCAAUGUUACUGGAACUAAAGGGACUAUCAUUUCAGCAUUUGGGUCUUUACCUAAAAAGCCAAAAAUUUGA